AUGCGAUCAUAUACACAAUACUGGAAGAGUUUAUCGGUGUUCCUCUUUCUUGCAGUGGGGCAGAUUGAGGGUAUAGAAAUAUCUGGCAUCGACAAUGGUCUUGGUGCUAUGGUCAGGUUGGAGCGGGGACAGACGCGAGACUCCGCAUUAUCUGUAUUAUCAAGUGUUAUAAAUGUUGUUGAUGGCAUCAUUUCGGAUGUAGUAAGCGGGGAGUUUGUUGGAGGCAUCAUUACAGAUAUAUCUAGCGGUAAUGAACAUCUCAUAGCGUUCAGCAACGAUUUCGUACAAAGCGGUACCUUGCUGUCACUACUAUCACUUCCAUCAGUUGCUGCCGCUGAAUUCAUCCAGAAUUAUGGAGGAAAUGCUCCGAUUAGAGAACGUCGACAAGGUGGCUCGAAUUGGCAUUUGGAUAGAAUAAACCAAAGGAGCAAUACACAAGACGGGAAUGCGAACAUCGCAGCUGGCGGCGCAGGAGUUAGAAUCUUCGUGGUCGAUUCAGGUGUAGAUAUUGCCCAUCCUGCCUUUGUAGGCGCUGACGGGCAAUCUCGGGCGGAACACUUCUACAACGCCUUCGAUAUGAAUGGAGAAGGUCCUGAAGAUACAUAUGGACAUGGCACACAUGUUGCUGGUCUUGCUGCAGGUGUCGGGUACGGAGCUGCGGUUCAGGCUAAGGUGUCGAGUGUGAAAGUUCUGGACAAGGAUGGUCGCGGAACAACAUGGUCAGUGCUUGAAGGGUUGAACCGUAUAUUGAACGUGGCCCUCCAAAGCCCGACAACAGAGAUGAGAAUUGCAGUAUUGUCUUUGUCAGGACCUUUAUCACCGAUGGUUGAUGCAAUGGUUGUGCAGCUGUAUCUUGCCAAUGUGCUCGUGGUGGUCUCGGCUGGUAAUAACGGCGGUCAGAACGCCUGCUCAUUCUCGCCUGCAGGAAACUUCGCGGCGAUCACUGUCGGCGCAACCGGUCAGGACGAUCGCAUUGCCUCGUUUUCUAAUCGAGGCAUGUGCGUAGACAUUCUUGCCCCCGGAGUUGGCGUUUACUCAACUCUAAAUGGAGGAGGUGUUGGUCCAAUGGAGGGCACUAGUAUGUCCGCACCCCUCGUUGCCGGUGUAGCAGCUUCGUUGUGGUCACAAGCGACGAGUAUGGGUGCACGACAAGUUAGGACUAAGGUACUUAUGGACAGCACUUCCUUAACACUGGCAAGAAAUGGUAAUGAUAAGGAUACUACGGACAGGUUCUUAUUUUCAGAACUUAAAGUCGUUGGCGCGCUAUCUGCCGAUUUUGAACCAACUAGAGCUGGUCUCUUGAGAUGGAAUUCAGCUGCAAUUUCCAACAAUGACCUCGCCGUGAGCGCUGGAUUUUAUGCCGAUAUCGGUGGUACCAAUGCGGAUGCUUGGAUACAAGUACGAACUGCACGUAGUUCAAAUAUAGCCUUUGACGAUCCUAUGUCUACCCGACCCGCGCAAUCUUACGUUAUACAAGAUGGUCAGAAGGAGGUCCGCAUUUACGCGGGCGGCCCUGUAGUGAAAGUGUUCCCUUCAGGGACCACUUCCACUUAUGUUUUAGUCGCUAGUCUGUUAAGUUCUAUCACGGGUCUGGUGGAUAGUAUUAUCGGCGCUCCUAAUGCUCAGAACAUUCAGGUAUUCUUAAACGCCAUUGGGUUGUCCGAUGUAUCAGAUUUGUUUGUUUACGACAGCAGCAAUGCCUAUGGCAUCGUUAAAGGAGCGUUAAUGCCUGCCACUGACCAGGAGUUUAACGCCGACCGUUGGAAAAUGUAUAGAGGUUGA